GUUCGGUCGAGAUUGAGUUUUCAUUGCUCGGUCACUUCACUCUCUCAGUCUCAAUUUCAAAUAAAAACAGAGUUUAGAAAAAAAAAUGGCUGAUGAGACAACCCCGGUGCGCAAGGCACACCAGUUCGACACGAGCAAGCUGGCUGCGUAUCUCGCUGCUGCAGCGCCGAGCGUCUUCUCGCCCACCCGCGACACGCUCGCCGUCCGCCAGUUCAAACACGGGCAAUCCAACCCGUCAUUCUACCUGACCAUCGCGCCCGCCAACGCUGCGGGCGACACGCGCGCGUUCGUGCUGCGUAAGAAGCCGCCGGGCAAGCUUCUGCCGGGUGCCCAUGCGGUCGAUCGUGAAUUUCGCAUCAUUUCGGCUCUGCAUGCUCAGGGAUUCCCAGUCCCGACCCCGAUUGUGUAUUGCGCGGAUCCAUCCGUGAUUGGCACCGAGUUUUACUUGAUGCAGUUUGUCAAGGGACGAAUCUUCCGCGAUCCAGCACUCCCAAACGUUGCCCCGGCCGAGCGACGUGCCAUUUACAGCGCAAUGGCGCAGACUCUCGCCCAGCUGCACAGUAUUGACUGGCGGAAGGCCGGGCUCGAGUCGUUUGGCAAGGAGGGCAACUACUACGAGCGGCAGUUGUCCACCUGGUCGCGCCAGUAUCGAGCAAGCGCCACCGAGCACAACGAGCCGAUGGAAAAGCUGAUGGCGUGGCUUCCGGAGCAUAUUCCCAAGGACGGAGCGGUUGUCAUUACUCACGGAGACUUUCGUAUCGACAACAUGAUCUUCCAUCCGACCGAGCCUCGCGUGCUUGCAGUGCUCGACUGGGAGCUGUCUACACUGGGACACCCGUUGUCCGAUCUUGCAUACAACGCAAUGACCUAUCACAUUCCACUCGGGAUUUCGGGAAUGCCUGGAUUGGAUGGAGCGAGCACGGUUGAUGAAGAUGGCCGCCUGUCUGGAGGCAUCCCGAGUGAGAACGACUAUACACGGCUCUAUUGCCAAGCUCGUCGUGCGGCGUUUCCUGUUCCGCAGUGGAACUUUUUCGUGGCCUUUGCCUUUUUCCGCUCUGCUGCCAUUCUUCAGGGAGUCUACGCGCGCUCUCUCCAAGGCAAUGCAAGCGCCGAGAACGCCAAGCAGGUCGGACUCGGAGUGAUGAUGGCGGCCCAAAAGGGCCUCGAGCUCGCGCACCGAGCGCCCGGCAACAGCAGCAGCAACAGCACACCCGCUCCCACCACGCCGCACGCAUUGAAGCCCGCGUCCUCGAGCUCUGCGUCUCCCAAUGUGUUUGGCUACUCUGAAAGGACGGUUCUCCUGCAGGCGCGCGUCACCAAGUUUAUGGAAGAACACGUUUACCCGCGUGAACGCGACUUUUUCGACUUUCUGAACAGCGCUCCUUCGCGCUGGACGGUGGUGCCGUUUAUGGAGGAGCUCAAGGCGAAAGCCAAGCGGGAAGGCCUUUGGAACCUGUUUCUGCCUUCGGUUUCGGGUCUGACGCAGCUCGAGUAUGCCCCGCUGGCCGAAAUCAUGGGUCGCAGCUUGAUUGCACCCGAGGUCUUCAACUGCGGCGCACCCGACACUGGCAACAUGGAGGUGCUGCAUUUGUAUGGCACGGCCGAGCAGAAGGAAAGGUGGCUCAAACCCUUGCUCGAGGGCACCAUUCGCUCGGCCUUCUGCAUGACGGAACCUGCCGUGGCGUCAUCCGAUGCUACCAACAUCCAGUGCACCUUCCGUCGCGUCGGCGAUGAGUAUGAAAUCACUGGUCGCAAGUGGUGGUCGAGCGGAGCUGGCGAUCCUCGCUGCAAAGUCCUCAUUGUGAUGGGUGUGGUUGUCGACGAAAACCACAAACCAACGAGCACCAAGGCGCACGGCCGCCAUUCGAUGAUUAUCGUUCCCGCAGAUGCGCCAGGCUUCAAGAAGAUUCGACCAUUGACUGUGUUUGGCUACGACGAUGCUCCUCAUGGGCACUUGGAGGUCGAGUUUGACCACGUUCGCGUUCCUGUCAGCAACAUUCUGCUGGGUGAAGGGCGUGGGUUUGAAAUUGCCCAAGGCCGACUUGGACCUGGCCGCAUCCAUCACUGCAUGCGCCUCAUUGGCCUGGCCGAGCGUUCCUUGGAGGUCAUGCUGGAGCGUGUCACGACGCGCGUCGCCUUUGGCCGCCCUCUCGCGCAUCAAGGCACCAUUCUCAAAGACAUUGCCGACUCGCGCGCUGACAUUGACACUGCCCGUCUCCUCACUCUCAAGGCUGCUCACUUGAUUGACACCCGCGGCACAAAGCAAGCAAUGAAGGAGAUUGCCCUGAUCAAAGUCGUCGCCCCCAACGCUGCCCUGCGCGUCAUUGAUCGAGCCAUUCAAGCCCACGGUGGUGCUGGAGUGUCGCAAGACUUUCCCCUCGCGCACGCAUAUGCGAGUGCUCGCACUCUUCGCAUUGCUGAUGGCCCUGACGAAGUCCAUCGCGUCACCAUCGCCAAGAGUGAGCUGGGCGCCUUCAUUCGCGCCAAGCAAUCCAAGUUGUAAAUGAACGGGGGAAUCGAGCGCGCUUUUUGUUGUUGGUCUCUGUCGAAAAGGGGGGGGGCGGAGUCCACUGCUCUGCAAACCUAUCUUUUGUUUCCGUCGUUUCCAAGCACUGGCGUUGACAGUCGUGGGCUGCAGGCGGAUGGUUGUUCUGUCAUUGUGAAGUUGAGCAUUGUUGUUUGCAAUGAAAAACGUACAGUCGUUGUGUAUUCAUUCACUCCUGUGCUUUGCAUUCG